AUCCGUGGAGUGCACAGGUCAGUUUCAGCACCAAGGACAGGUACAACGACUCACCCGCACAUAAGAGCACGGAGGGAUCCGGUGACUGCGGCGGAGCUGCGGCUUCCUCAGCAGCAUCAGCAUCUCCAUCGACUCUCAUCUUUUAGGAGACUAGAGUGCCUUGACUUGCAAGACGAGAAAGCGGCCCAAAUAUAUCGGCUUGGAGUUAUUCAGAGACGAAAAAUUGAAUUUGGUCCCUGCAUAGAAGAGGCAAUGACGUCGCAUCCAUCACUAGCAGCUUGUUUUGUUUUAUCAUGUCUAUUGUGUAUGAUGGGUGUGGUCACAGCAACAGACCCAUACCAGAGACCUGGGUUCUUUGAUUUUGAUUCCUGGUUUUGGAACACCCCUCGAGGGCCACAGAUGUUCUCCUGCCUUACCUAUAUAGAGAGGAACCUCCGAGUUGACUGUGAAUUCCCAGAGACCCAGAAGAUCCCCGGGCCAUUCUGCGAAUUCAAACAGGAUGGGCGACUCAUGGGAUCAACCAACCCAAACAACCCGGUCCACCUGAUCCCAAAUAUUGAGACCCGACGCCGAGCCAAUGUCUCCCUGGUGCCACCUAACAUUUGUCGCCUCACCUGGAUGCCUAUGUCCGAUGACCGGGCGUACACCUACACCUGCAGGGUUUAUCAGGGCAGCACCUGGAAGGAGAACAGCAUGGCAUUCCAUCAAAGAAAUCUUCUGGUGUGCUCUGCAUUAAGCACAUUUUUCCACACUGGACCAUGGAUUCUUGCAUUUGUCAUGUCACUUCCUGUUUCUCUUGGGUUUCUGUCAGCAUGACCAGCCCUACAUUGAGCAACCUAAACCUCAGAGCCAUCACAUUUAACUGCCUUUCACAUUUUAAUUUUAACAUUUAAUUUUGUAACUUUUUUUUUUUUUUUUUGCUUAACCUUUGAAAGUUUCUGUGGAGAUCACCAACAUUAGAAUCCUGAAUCAUCAGGAUUCACUGAGAAAAACAAACGAGGUCUCUCGCUUACCUCUCUGCCGUCGUGCGCGGUUAAGAGCUCUAGAUAAGAUAACAGGAUAACUAAUUUGCGGUAAAACUAGUCGAUCGCGAGUGCCUCAAAAACAGAUAGAUAGGCAUUUGACCGACCGGGUUGACACUUCAGCGUGAGAAAUCGGGGGUGAGAGCAUGAUAAUUGGCUCAAUUGAAUCGAGUUGGCAGUCCUAAGAUUAGUAUAAUUGAUCGUGGCAUGUUUGUCAAUGGCAUUGAAUUCAGAGGAAGAACAGCAUCAAAAUGUAUAUGCUGAAGCCUGAGUUUAUCAGGCAUCCAAAAUAUGUAUCACAUAAAGGAUUCUCUGUUAUAAGAAAUAUUUAUUAUUGUUUUAAUACAUGGCUAGGACCUUUAUACAGUAUCAAAUUAUGUGCUUCCUUUAUGUCAAGUCAUAUAGCUCAAAAAUAUAUACUUUUUAUUGCUGACAUUUUUGUAAUAUUUAUAGAAACAAUUGAGUGAAAUCAUUGUAAGAGUAAACUACAAUCUCAUUCAUUGAUAAGUUGGCUGGUUAAUCGAUUCUUGCAAUUUGUCCAGUGCAAAAUGCGUUAACUACUUUUUCAUUGUCUUCGCACCUCUGUUUAUCACCUGUAUAAGGACAGCUCUGUCUGAAGGACAUCACCACUGUGGACAUAUUAUAUUGCAGCACUCACAUGAUGCAACUAAAUAUCCUGUAUACACAAACACAUUUCCAGUAACGUUUCAAGGCCUGGUACAGAACACAAGUGUAUAAGAAUGAGACUAUCAAGAUUAUGAAUAAGCAUUUGAUGCACUCUUACAAGUAAUUAUGUCUUCCUUUGCGCUAACAUGCGCAGCUGCUUUAUGCACACGUUUAAUUUGCUUUUUAGCUGCUUUUCGCACAUACUUCCUUGCACUAACCUUAAGUGCCUUAGGUUGACUUAAGGCAUAAUCUGAGUUUUUGCAAUGUAGUGCUUUUGUCUGUUUCAUUUUGGCCAUAAUGGCUGCAUUGCAAAAUGAUCAAGCAAUGCACAUUUCACGCACUUAUAUUUGUGAUGAAAACCUUUGUCUUCCCUUCUUUCACUCUAUCCAAUGCUGUCGUCUUAUUUUUUUUUGAAGGAUCUAUACUGAGAAAUAUCACAGAAAACAAUAAAGGAAUGUAGAGUGUA